AUGAAUACAGUAUCAGUGACGCCGAAGCUAUUAAACCGAUCUACGGCCACGGAACGCGAUUUACAAAGGCACGUGACCCCACCCUCUUUAUGGUACUCUGCUUUCGGAGUAUCAGGUCACGCCAACUUUUUCGUAGAUCACAUCCCACAGAGACACGCACAGCGCCGACGUCAACUUGCUUCCAUGUACUCCAUGUCUAAUCUGAUCCAUUAUGAACUCGCCACGAUGGAGUGUGCAGACUUCCUCAAGGAGCGCCUCCAUGAGAUUGCGCAGGAGCGGACCGCCUAUUUCACCUUUGAUGUCAUCACUUCCAUCACUUGCGGUAAACGUAUCGGCUUUUUGAACAACGGUGUCGACGAGAUUGGCGCCUUCGCGACGUUGAAUGGUGCCCAAGCAUACAUUAGCCUGGUCGGGGUGUACUAUGAGCUUCAUCCUCUUAUGUUCAGCAUUCAACAGUUCUUUUCAAAUUUUGGACUUGGUGGCAACGGGCUUAACGCCAUGAUCAACUUUUCGGAAGUGCAGGUUAAGAAGCGACAAGUGUUGUUGGAGGAUAUUGACCGGAAGCCAGCACCGAGUGACGAUUUCCUCGCUAAGAUCCUGGCGAGGCGCGAAGAAUCCCCAGAGUCUUUCAGCAUGGACGAGGUAUUAGAUUCCUGCGCAAUGAACCUCAUCGCCGGCAGUGAUACCACUGCUAUAAGCCUCACUGCCAUUUUUUGGUUCCUUAUCAGGAACCCUCAGGCCUUAUGCCAGUUACGGGAAGAAAUAGAUGCCAAGAUGGGGGAGCAGGAAGAGCCUAGACCCUUGCCGUUCAAAGAAACGCAGGCGAUGCCAUACCUUCAAGCCGUGAUCAAGGAGGCAAUCAGACUGCACUCGCCAGCCGGGAUAUCCAUGGCUCGCAUUGUCCCUAAAGGUGGCGCAACGAUCGCGGGACACUAUCUCCCUGAAGGGGUAAGAUCGACGGGCGUGAACCCCUGGGUGACACACAUCGACCCCAACGUCUACGGGCCUGACGCACAAGUCUUCAGGCCGGAGCGCUGGAUCGACAGCGAUCCUGAGCAGCUCAAGCGAAUGGAGCGGUCCUGA